AUGGUCGCCCAGCACUCUCGCCGCUUCGUUCGGCCUCUUUUAUAUACCUCCGCCGCACUAGCUACCGGUGCUGGCUUACUUUACGUCGCAUAUCGUCCACGAAAUAUCCCAGGUUCAGAGCCGGCUGUAGUGCCUCCGCCCGGUUAUCGAUCAGGGAAGCUUGUGCCUCCCAGCUUCCCGCGCAUCAAAUCGCGUGAAGAGCAAAUCGCCGACUUGCGACGGAGCGCUGGCAUUGGCGCUCAGAAUGGGGAAGUAGAGCCCUACGAUUUGCUCGUCAUCGGAGGAGGUGCGACCGGCUCAGGUAUCGCGCUUGAUGCUGCCACGCGAGGGUUGAAAGUCGCCGUUGUCGAAAGAGAUGAUUUCAGCGCUGGAACCAGUAGUAAGAGUACAAAGCUGGUUCAUGGCGGUGUCCGUUAUUUGGAGAAGGCAGUUUGGGAAUUGGAUUAUGCCCAGUACUCGCUUGUCAAAGAAGCGCUCCGUGAGCGUAAAUAUUUCUUGAAGACCGCGCCCCAUUUGUCCAUGUGGCUGCCGAUUAUGGUCCCUGUGCAGAAGUGGUGGCAAGCACCAUACUUCUGGAUGGGCUGCAAGGCCUACGACUUUUUGGCCGGUUCCGAGGGAAUUGAGAGUUCUUACUUCCUUACGCACAGCAAAGCUCUCGAUGCUUUCCCCAUGCUGAAGAAAGAGGACUUGUUUGGUGCUGUGGUCUAUUAUGACGGAGCACACAAUGAUUCGCGUAUGAAUGUCUCCUUAGCAAUGACUGCCGCCUUGUACGGUAGCACAGUCGUCAACCAUUUGGAAGUGACUGGUUUGACCAAGGAUGCCAAGGGAAGACUCAACGGAGCUUUCGUCAAGGAUCUCAUAGCUGAAAAGAACGGUAAAGGGUCUGAAGUAUUCCAUAUUCGUGCCAAGGGAAUCAUUAAUGCCACCGGUCCUUUCUCCGACGCUAUUCGCAAAAUGGAUGAACCCGAGACAAUGGAAAUUGUUGCUCCUAGUUCCGGUGUCCAUGUCAUUUUACCCGGUUAUUACAGCCCCUCUAACAUGGGACUUAUUGACCCUUCGACAUCGGACGGUCGCGUGAUUUUCUUCUUGCCAUGGCAAGGAAACACCAUUGCUGGAACGACUGAUCGGGCCACCGAGAUCACUCCUCACCCUCAACCUGCCGAAGAGGACAUUGACUGGAUUUUGAAAGAGAUUAGCGGUUACCUUGCGCCGGAUAUCAAUGUACGACGAGACGACGUUCUUGCGGCAUGGGCAGGAAUUCGACCUCUGGUCCGAGACCCCAAGGCUAAGAAUACAGAAUCUCUCGUCCGAAACCACUUGAUUACUAUUUCCGCGUCCGGUCUCUUGACCUGCGCCGGUGGAAAAUGGACAACCUACCGACAGAUGGCUGAAGAGGCUGUUGACGAAGCCAUCAAGGCAUUCGCUCUCCAGCCUCGCAAGGUGCAAAACAUCCCCGACGUAAGCGGCACAGGUCUCAAGACAGACAACUUCAACCUCGACGGAUCCUGCCAGACUCACCAAGUUCGCCUGAUUGGUGCCCACGGUUGGUCAAAGACUCUCUUCAUCAACCUCAUUCAGCAUUUCGGUAUUGAAACAGACGUCGCAAAGCACUUGACGAGCUCGUACGGUGACCGUGCAUGGCAAGUUGCUGCUCUUUCCUCCCCCACGGACGCUCGCUUCCCUCUUCGUGGAAUUCGCAUCUCGGCGUUGUAUCCGUUUAUUGAUGGCGAGGUUCGCUAUGCCGUGAGACACGAGUAUGCUCAAACCGCAGUUGAUGUCUUGGCCCGCCGAACUCGACUUGCUUUCUUGAAUGCUCAAGCCGCCCUUGAAGCGCUACCUAACGUCAUUGACCUGAUGGCCGAGGAAUUGAAAUGGGACGAGAAGCGAAAGAACCUUGAAUGGAAGGAUACUGUUCAGUUCUUGACAUCCAUGGGCCUUCCUAAAGAUCGUGUCAACAUCACAAGGAAGGAAGUUGAGGAGGGCAAGACUCGUAUCUUGAUUGAGGGCACGUCAAGCUCAGCCCGGACUGACUCUCCGGCCGAUAUUCUUCAGGGCGAUCUUUCGAGCAUAGGGAAAAAAGAUCCUGGUAUGAGCCCUAGCUCGCCAGUCAACAAAUAGAUUGCACUUUUUUUGGAGGGUGUUUGUAUUAUACUUAUAGAAUAACUAUACUAUAAAGCGGUGUACGAGGGACAACGAUCUUGCCGGUCCCUCUGGGUUAGUGAUAGACCGUAUAUAGAUCGUUUGUGUUUG